AUGGACGCUCUCCGGAAGGCUGCAGGCCUCGGCCAUAGGAUCGCUAUCCAUAUCGACAUCAAGGAUCCGCAAUCAACAUAUACCACCUUGGAUCGCAUCGAAGGAGUGCUUUCAAUCACAGCAUCUACGAGGACCAGCUUUGAUGACAUCGAUAUCGAGUUUGUCGGCACGUCCAAGACUUCUGUCGAGCGCCUGACAGCAGCAGCGGCCGUCUCAGGACGAUCCGAAGCAUUCCAUCAGUUUCUGAAGUUACAGGACAAGUCGGUGCAAGAUCUUUAUCCUGAAGAUCGGGUUCUCAAGGCCAAGAAGACGUACACGUUCCCUUUCUUGUUUGUCAUUCCCGAGCAACUACUACCCAAGGUCUGCGGACAUGCUUGCAAAGCUCCAGGCGUCCGGGAGGCUCACUUACAGCUCCCUCCGACGAUGGGUGAUCGCGAAUGCGAUCGUCAAGACCCGGCAACUGGACGGCCUCUUGAUGACUUGGCACCAGACAUGGUAAGCACGCGAUAUGGAGUGCAUGUUCGGAUCAUCAAGGAGAACGAGGGAACGCGUGAGACACUUGCAAAUUAUGGCAAAAAAGUCCGGGUCGUGCCCAUUAUCCAAGAGCAGCCUCCACUGCCCAUUAGCGACGAUGACGACGAGUAUCGCUAUCGCAAGGAGAAAGUCAUCAGGAAAGGCGUGCUUCAAGGCAAGGCCGGUACGAUCGUCAUGGAGACCGUCCAACCUUCAGCAGUCCGUAUGCAUGCCUGUGGGAACUCCAGCAGGCCAUCAACCGCAAAGAUUAUGCUUCGCUUUGACCCUGCGGACAAGCACGCUGCCCCGCCUCGACUUGGCAAUCUGGCCAGCAAACUGAAGGUCAACACUUAUUUUGCCAGUACUGCCCGACAAUCAUACCCAACCAAGCGAGCUACCUUUCAGGAUCCUUCUCAGGGAAUACAUAGUGAGCAGCUUACACUGGUCAGUCGCAAGGUGGGAGGGCCAGACCCCGAGGACAAAUCCGGAAAAGCCGAAAUUUGGACUACAUACGAGUCGGAAACUGCAGCCCGUCGUGACUCUGCUUGCUCAGUGAGCACUUUCAUCCCCGAUGCCAGCAAAGACUACAAAGGAAAGACCUUCUAUGUCGCCCAACUGGAGGCUCCCAUCGUCUUACCAGAAAACAAAGUCUUUAUCCCAACAUUCCACUCAUGUCUGAUCAGCCGCAUCUACCAAGUCAAAUUCGAACUUCAUCUCCAGAAUAAGGGAGUCGUCGGCACCAUUGAUCUCAAACUGCCCAUCCAAGUAUCUUGCUCUGGACAUGAAGACUGGGAGCCGAGACAGUCCUCUGUUGUCACCGAUGGCCGCGGUGAGCACGAGCUUCGCGAGGAAGACUUCGAAGAGUACUUUGAACCACGGACGUUGCACAUCCCGAGUGAAGCGUUCCUUGGGAGUAGUGUCCUUCAAAGACCUGCUUCACCAACUUUUGUGAGGAACGAGUUACCCCCCAGCUACUCUUACUACGCGCCACCUAUAGGCGUACAGACUGUACCUGCAUACUAG